UCCUUCUCAGUCAUAUUUCAAACGUAUAUGGAACUAUGUGCUAUGAGAACUUAAACCUGGGAUUCUUACAUGCACACACAUGUGCUGUAGGCCAUUAAACUGCCUCCCUGGCCCUUCUGUGAAGUAUUUAACUUUAAAAUUUUUAUUUCUCUUUAUUUCCUUGGGUUUUUUUUCUUAAUUUUUUUCUUAAUUUUCUCCUUAAUAUUUUUUCCUCAGUUGCCAAAUUAAGACAAUGGAAAACGAUGAUGAUGUUGCAAUUGUGGGAAUAGGAUGCAAUUUUCCAGGAGGGGAAGGAAUUGAUAAUUUCUGGCAAGUUCUUGUGGAAGGCAAAAACUGCACAGUUGAGGUUUCACGAGAAAGGUUUAAUAUUGAAGACUGGUAUGAUGCAGAUGAAAGCCAACUAGGAAAAAGCCGAACAAGAAGAGCUGCUUUCAUUGAAGGGUUGAAUGAAUUUGACAACAAAUUCUUUGGGAUCAGUGACUCGGAGGCUGAGCGGCUGGACCCUCAGCAGAAGUUGCUGCUGGAAUGUACCUACAGAGCUCUGGAGAAUGCCGGAAUCCCUGCCGAGGAGCUGUCUGGCUCCAGGACUGGAGUCUUCAUUGGCAUUAUGAAUAAAGACUAUGAAUUUAUGUCACUUAGAAGUCCAAGGACUGUAAACCAUUAUACUGCCACUGGAACUGCAAUGAGCAUAGCGGCGAACAGGAUUUCUUAUGUGUUUGACCUAACUGGACCAUCUCUUGCCAUCGAUACUGCAUGCUCAUCUUCUCUAGUCGCGCUCUACUAUGCCUUCCUUGCGAUUAAACAAGGAGACUGUGAAACAGCUUUCUGUGGCGGAGUGAGCUGCAUGCUGGAUCCUGCAAUUAAUGUCAUGUUGAGUAAAGCCAAGAUGUUAUCUCCAGAUGGGAUGAGCAAACCGUUUUCUAGAAGAGCUGAUGGAUAUGGACGUGGAGAAGGAUGUGGCAUUGUUCUGCUGAAACCUCUACGGAAGGUCAAUUUAAAGAGCAUUUGGGGUGGUUCCUGGAGCAGCUGCUGAGUGCAGGGGACGGAUGCUCUAGCCAGUCUUUCAAAGGCUAAUUUGGAUUUUCUCUGCUCUCCAGGAACUUGCUUCUCCCUGUGCCGUUUAGGUUUGGCUAUAUAACAGCUGUGGGAGCAUCAUCAAAAUCACCAGAUACUUGUUUGAAUGCAGAAUUUCAGAUGCAAUCCCAGACACCCUGAAUAUUUUUUUUUGAAGUGGUCUCACCUGGUGAUGU